CACAGACGAAUUAUUCAGGUGGAAGAUUUACCUUUGUGAUGGAACUGAAUGGAGAUCUUGCAGCCUACACCACAAGGUUCCCAUUGGAUGCAAUGAAUUACAAUUACUGGGCAUCUAAUACAACAGGCAGUGGUGUCCGAGUUGUCUUUAACCAGCGCUAUGUCUAUCCAAAGAACAAUAGUGUUACUGCUGGAAGGGCUGUAGCCUGGUCCUUUUUGUCCCACAUACCAGGAGAUAUUUGCACGAGCGUAGGAAAAUACCUAAGUAGCGGGUUUUGCGGGUACAACAGCUACUGUAUUAUAGGAAAUGAUCAGAAACCUAAAUGCCUAUGCCCACCUGGAUACUUGUACUUGGAUCCUGAUGAUGAAAUGAAGGGAUGCAAGCGGGGUUUUGUCUCGCAUGAGUGUGAUGGAGGCCAAAAUGCAGAUCUUUUUGAAUUCCAGGAUAUGGUGGAUACACAUUGGCUCGGGUCACUGUAUGAAUAUUUCAGCGCAGUUACCGAGGAUUGGUGUAGACAGACUUGUUUGAGUGAUUGCUAUUGUGCUGUUGCAUUUUUCCACAAUGGUGACUGUGUGAGCUCGUCAUAUCCUCUAUUCAAUGGGGUAACUGAUGCUAGUUUUGGGGGAAAGUCACUCAUCAAAAUAAGGAAAGGCAAUUCUACAUCAACUUCUACAGGUUCAAGUGAUGGUUCAAAGAGGCAGAAGUUGACGCUGAAUCUUAUUCCAACUCUGCUCUUAAGUAGCUCAGCAUUUUUGAACCUCAUUCUGUUGAUUACUACUCUAUGGUUUGUUUUGGGCUCAAGAUACAGGAAAAGAACGAUGCUUCAACCUUCCAGAGCAACCCAUGGCAUGAUGAGUUUGCAAAGCUUCACCUACAAGGAGCUUGAGGAAGCUACCAAAAAUUUUGAAGAGGUACUUGGAAAGGGUGCUAGUUCAACAGUUUACAAAAGUGUUUUAGAUACUAUAAAUAAGAAUUUGAUCGCCGUUAAAAGACUGCACAAGCACAAGUUGGAGGAAAACCAUAAUGAGAAGGAAUUUCAAGCAGAAAUGAGUGCAAUUGGGAAGACCAACCACAAAAAUCUUGUGCGGCUGCUAGGAUUCUGCAAUGAGGAAGAACAUCGACUUUUGGUAUAUGAAUACAUGACAAAUGGAUCUUUAGCAUCUUAUCUUUGCAGCAAUCCAAGGCCCAGUUGGAAACAGAGAACUGAAAUUGCUUUUGGAACUGCAAGAGGGCUUGUUUAUUUGCAUGAAGAGUGCAGCAAUCAGAUCAUACACUGUGACAUCAAGCCUCAAAAUAUCCUUCUAGAUGACUCAUUUACAGCAAAAAUUGCAGACUUUGGAUUAGCAAAACUUUUGGAGAAAGAUCAAACACGAACUCUCACAAAACUUAGGGGAACAAGAGGAUAUGUUGCUAGAGAAUGGUUCAAAGACAUGCCUGUCACAGUCAAGGUUGAUGUUUACAGCUUUGGAAUUCUACUGCUCGAGCUCAUUUGUUGUAGGAAGCAUUGUGAGAAAGAUGAAGAGGACGAAGACAAAAAGAUAUUGGCUGACUGGGCAUAUGAUUGCUACAAAUAUCAGACACUGUACCUGCUAGUUCAGGACGAUGAAGAAGCAAUUGAAGACAUUGAGAGGGCAGAGAAGUUUGUGAUGAUUGCCAUUUGGUGCAUUCAAGAAGAACCAUCACUAAGACCCACCAUGAAGAGAGUCUCGCAGAUGCUAGAAGGAACUCUUGAAGUUCCUCUUCCUCCACUCAACAGUCAAUCCUGAUUUAUCAGUUUAAUGUAAAUCUACAGAAGCCUCACGAUCUGUUAAGAAAAAGAAUUCAAUAUUGUUCUACAGAUUCAUGGGAUGAUUUCUAGCUAGUGUAUGGUCAUGAAUGUGCAUAAACUUUGUAAUCGAAUGUCUUGCACAUGCAUAACAGAUCUGUUAGAUUCAUGGCUUCUGCUUAGUUAAGAUUGCUAUUACAGAUCUGUUAGAACUUGAGAGUGUUAGAACUUGAGAGUCUUAUUAUUUUUGAGCAUUUUAUCUUAUUGAGCACUUUGAGCCCUAGUUAACAGAAAUUUUAUUUCUUAGUAAAGAAGUUUAUGAUUGUAACUUCUUUGAACAGUGAGUCAUAAAUUUUCAUCAAGAGUAUUCUCUCGAGAUUGUGUGAAGUAUUUUGUGCAAUCAACCUUAGCUGUGAUU